ACAGCUGUCGAAAGUGUCAAAUGCUCAUAUAUUUUGGUUUUGUUCGGUUUGGAGAACGAUUUUCUCACGUGGUUUUCGGGUUUUCAGUUUCAUUUUCAACAUAUUUUGUGUUAAAUAUAUGUUUAAGUGUCUAUUAAUUUAUCAUGCAUCGACUUAUAUCUGCCAAGAACAUAUACCGUAACACCUUUCACGGCCUUUCUUUACCAGGGAGCAAUUCCCUCAAUAAUACUCCGAUUUCGGAAAUACAAUGUGCAGGUUGUCGAAAAAUUCUCCUCACAGGUAAAUCAUCAGAAAAUCUUGUGAGGCAUCAAUCUACGAGAACGGUUAGUGUGUUGAGAUCAUCUAGAAAAAAGACUAAACACAAAAAUUAUAAAAAGUAUGGUGAACUCUUAGAGGUUGGUAAUUCAAUGACUGAAACUAAGGUUUCAAUAAGCAAGUUACAUGCUUCACACCUUUCUAAACUGGCCUCUAGCCCUGUGUCUUUAGGUCAGCUUCAUCAACUUACAAAUAAACCUCUUAAAAAAUUUUCACAUCUUAAAGAAGUGGAUCCGGAAUUGCUGCAGAGUGUCAGGGAUAAGAUCUUGAAAAAGCCUGUUUCAACUGUUUCUAAGGAAGUAGUAUUAGAAGAUGACAAAUGUGCCCUUGUUUAUACAACUCAUCAAUUGAGUAGCGUAGAAAGGUUUAAAACCAAGCAAUAUAUAGGCAUGGUGAAGGAUAGUUAUUAUAAUUUUAGAAAAGCUACACUGUAUGACCAGAGAUUACAAGAUUUAAGAUAUGCAAUAAAUGAAGGCUUGAACCAGGAGUUUGAUCUUCACGAGACUAAGAAUGAAGAUGUCAAACCAAAUAGUACUAUGGGGUCCCAUGAGUUGCCAAAGAGCCCACAUGCAGUGUUUAGAGAACUGUUUGUAGACAACCAAUUGGAUAGCUAUGAUCAAGAGCUGUUGACACAUAUAACCAAUAUGCAACGACAAGGUAUAGCCCAUCCAGCUUUAGAAGAUCUAUGUGAAGAUUCAAUUAUAAAUGAAGGGGAAGCUCAUGAAGACUUUGAUCAUGUGAAUCCUGUUCCUGCAAAAACCCUUAAAAUUAAGGCAGCAAGAGCAGCACUUAGAAAGAAAAAGAAAGCGAAACGUGACAAACGCAGAGCACUGCAGGAAUUAAAUAUGAAGGAAGACAUGAAGGAUCUCGUGCGCCGCGGGAAACAGGACGCCCUUCACCAACUUCUCACUGCUCACUUGAACCUCUUAUGUUCACUCAAUAUGGUUCAUGAGGGUCGCCAAAUCCUCCAUUACUACCGACAAAAGAGUUGUAGGACACCAGACAUCGGGAAAAUAUCUGAUGUCAAAAUAUACAACACUCUCUUACAUGGAUAUGCAUUGUUGGGUCAAAUAGAAAAUGUCAAAGAACUUCUUAUGACCAUGUCCGAGGAUGGCAUUGAACCAAACGCACAAACUUACGCCGCCGUUUUUGAGAGCAUAGAGAGGUGUGAAAGAGAUGACAAACUGACUUUACUUAAUUUUUUUAACAAAUCCAUGGAAGAAAAGGGUAUUAAUCUAAAUGACUUGAUGGACAAGACAAAGUUUCUCAAUGACCAAAGAGCAGUGGUGCUGAAGGCAAUAAGGCGCAUUCAGCCGGGAUUCGAACCUGUGUACACGCCUCCUGUACUAGACUAUGAUUGCAGACUGUUAGAUGAUCUCACUCUCGACAAGGUGGAAGGCAGACUCGGUCUUCUGAAAUCUCCCGCGGAAGGAGUGGUCACAUUGGACGAGAUCCAUGGUUUGGGUAAAUUGCAACUCGACACGGAAAUCAAAGGAGAAAUUGAAGUAGAAAACAUUGACGUCAAGGAUGAGUCUUCGCCUCACGUCAAAUUCUGUAGGGAAAAAUGGAAUGAGACAGAAAGUGAAUGGCGGGUGGCGAUCCGAGAGGCUUUCGUGCGAAACCUUGGCACCUUGAAGUCUCAGAGUGUGGCUUCUCAAUCCGCCAUCACGCUGUACCCUUAUCUCAGGGUGUUAGAGGUGGAUCAAUUCGUAGAACUGAUAAUGGGAGAGAUCAGGAAGCUGGUGGACGGCAGCGAGACCUACAGCCCUACUCUCAAGCUGUUGCAGAGGGACCUGGGCACGCAAGUCUAUCAAAAGUAUCAAAUAGAGCAAUACCGUCGUAACGGGGUCUUGGCCAAAAUGAAGCAAUUAUACGCCAAAUACAGUGAAUGGUAUAUAACCAGAAAUCCAGUAGAUGACAAAGGCGUGCCGUACAACUGCCGGCAGGCGUGGCAGGUGCUCGCGCAUACCUACAGAGAUGGCGCCUCUAUCGAUAUGGAAGAAGCGCCGUGGCCCCUAGAAAUGAAGCAGAACGUCGGUAAAUUCCUGUACAACAUCAUCAUCAAUGAUGUGAAGAUAGACGUCAACAUGUUCAAACCGAAGGCUAAACAGAAGAAGCUGCCGGGCGUGUACAAGGUGCACCGGCCGUGGGGCCGGCUGGUGCGGCUGGAGCUGAAGCCGCACCCCGCGCUGAGCCGCGCGUGGGCGGGCGCGGCGCUGCGGACGCUGCGCGUGCGCGCCGCCACCGCGCCCGCGCGCGCGCCGCCGCGGCCCUGGGCGCGCCCCGCCGCGGGGGCCUAUCUGCUCACACACACGCCGCUCAUCAGGAUGCCAAUGAACAUAAUGAGUCAAUGGAGGCGGCUGGAAGAAGCGCCGCCCGGAGCCCUAUACCCGGUUCUGGACAGCCUCAACCAACUGUCCGAAGUGCCGUGGGUCAUCAACCAGCCCAUACUGGAUCUACAGCUGCAGAUCUUCAGGUCGGGCGGCAACAAAAAGUUAGACAUUCCGCCGCCGUCGUCGGCUUUGGACGCGUCGCAGUUCACCGCGGGCAAGCCACAGGACGCCGCCGCGGCCUUUAAGCGCCGCGUGGCAAUGAAUCGUGCGCGCGCCGAAAUGCACUCGCUGUGGUGCGAUAUGUUGUACAAACUGUCGCUUGCGAACCAUUUCAGAGACCGCGUGUUCUGGCUGCCGCACAACAUGGACUUCCGCGGGCGCGUGUACGCGUGCCCGCCGCACGUGUCGGCGCUGGGCGCGGACUCCGCGCGGGCGCUGCUGCAGUUCGCCAGGAGGGAGCGGCUGGGCCCCGGCGGGCUCCGGUGGCUGAAGCUGCACGCGGUCAACCUCACCGGCACUAUGAAGAAGAGCACCGUUGAUGAAAGACUCGCAUAUGCUGAAAGUAUAAUGGAGAAGAUUCUAGACUCGGCUGAUAACCCGCUGGACGGCGAGGGCUGGUGGCAGCAGUCCGAGGAGCCGUGGCAGACGCUCGCGUGCUGCAAGGAGAUCGCGAACGCUGUCAGAUCGCCUAAUGCCGAAGAAUACAUGUGCGGCUUCCCCGUGCACCAGGACGGGUCGUGCAACGGGCUGCAGCACUACGCGGCGCUGGGCGGGGACGGCGCGGGCGCCGCCGCCGUCAACCUGGCGCCCGCCGCGCGCCCCGGGGACGUCUACAGCGCCGUCGCCGCGCUGGUAGAAGAAAUGCGCAAACGAGACGCCGCUGCCGGAGUUCAACCCGCGAUUAUAUUGGAGAAUUUCGUGCGACGCAAGGUGAUCAAACAGACCGUGAUGACUACGGUAUAUGGCGUCACCAGGUUCGGGGCCCGGCUACAGAUUGCUAAACAGCUCAAAGAUAUCGAUGAAUUCCCGAAGGAGCACGUCUGGUCUUGUUCCCAAUACUUGACCACCAAGACCUUCGACAGCCUUCAGGAGAUGUUCACCUCCACUAAACUUAUACAAGACUGGUUCACCGACUGCGCCAAAGUGAUAUCGGGAGUGUGCGGCGAGAGCGUGGAGUGGGUGACGCCGCUGGGGCUGCCCGUGGUGCAGCCCUACCACCGCCGCGCCGCGCCCGACGCCGCGCACGCGCCGCUCGAUCUGCUGCAACGGCCUUGCACGAUGAAGCAACGCAACGCUUUCCCGCCGAACUUCAUCCACUCGCUGGACUCGUCGCACAUGAUGCUGACGGGGCUGGCGUGCGCCGCCGCGGGGCUCACCUUCGUCUCCGUGCACGACUGCUUCUGGACGCACCCGCGUAAUGUCGACCGCAUGAACAAGAUAUGCCGCGAACAAUUCGUCGCUCUGCACUCACAGCCGAUCUUAGAGAACUUGUCAGAAUUCCUAGUGAACAGAUACAGUUAUAACGAAAGCGAGGUCAUGGACAACACCGCGGGGGCGGCGAACAAGCGGCGGGUCAACGCCCUCCUGAAGCAAGUGCCCAGCAAAGGGAACUUUGAUCUCACCAGCGUGCUCAAGUCAGUCUACUUCUUCAGUUAGAGCCAUAAACAAAGCAGUUUUGAUAUGAGUGCGCAUUCCAUAGAGAACUGUGAGCUAUUUACAUACUGUACGUAAUACUUAACAUAGGUACAUGAUUUCAGAUGAAUUUUUAAUUACUAUGCAUAGUAUAUUAAAACUUGUACGUCUAUGUUAAUCAUUUUCCUAUAUUUUGACUUUUCUGACAAAAUAUUUUUUUUAACCGUACCCUCUUUCUUAUUAGACAUCGAGCAAAAUGCGCACUCUCUUUAUUAGGGACUCUAAGGUUUGAUACAAUAUGUCCGAUCACAAGUAGGUAUUAAUGGCCCGCCUUCUAGUUUUGAUACGUUCCUUUUGUAUUCAGACUUAUGUAUGUACGUGUAUGUAAAAGGAAGGGAGGGUUUGCGUGUCGAUAUUGAUAAAAGUUUUUUAAUGUUGGGGAUAAAAUUUAAAAUAUAAACUAAAGUUUUCAAAAAUAUUUAAUUAAUCAGUUUAUGGAUCAUGAAUUAUUGUUAAUUUUAUUUAUAUUAUGCUUAUAUAUAUUUAGAUUAUGCUUUUAAAUCGAAUGAAAGGCUUGACACGCAACCCAAAUUUGAUAGACUGAUGUAACUAUAUGAUUUAGUUGGAUAAUUAGAUUUUGUAAAAAUGGCCACUGCCAAUAAAUGUACGUACAUAGAAUGUACAAAUCUGUUUUGCCAUGUUUUUACUUUGCUUUGUCUUCGAUUAGAAUGGUAUUUAGAUUUACUAUUGUUUUGCAGCAUUUUUUAUAUUGAUAGCGCUUUAUUUCGUAUUUUGUGGGCUUUACUUCUCAAGGACGGCGGUAGCUAUUGAAACAAAUUCGUGGUCUCAUUGCCAUCAAAAUAUCAACCUUGUGUCAGUAUCAAGGUUCAAUACAACUAUAAUAACUUCCGCUAUGCUAGCCUUGAGGCGAAUGGUACCAUUGUCAAAAUAAAUAGAGUUUAUUCAAAAUAGCGCAAAUUCAUUUGUCAUCGACUUAUGUUUGUUUUUGUAUAAACUUUGUACUGAUGUUAGAGAUAAAUCGAUUUUUAUGAUUGCUUGAGCCUUAAAACUUAGAAUUGUACUAUUAUUUCCACAUUUAUAUCUGACAACUACUUAGAACUUUUUUGUUAAGAUAUCUAUACUGUCUAAUGUAUUUUAAUUAUAGUAACAUUUUGGAACGUGUCUUGAACAAAUUGUUAGCCACCAAAGCUGCCACUCCGCGUAUGUAGUGCAAUACAACAGUCUGUGAUUUGUAGUUAACAAUAAACUAAGAUGAAUUA